GUGAGUGUGUGUGUGUAGAGGGAGAGCGAGAGAGAGAGAGAGAGAGAGAGAGAGGAAAUGCUGGCAGUCCCAUUGCCUUGCAUAACAUACGCUGAGCCUUGCAUGCAUACGGGCUUCAUGUGAGACGGCCCCCAGUAAAAGAAAAGACGGGGACUUCCUUCGCCCUCGACCCUCCGGGACGACCGCAGAAGGGAGGAGGGGAGAGCGGAAGAGACCAGAGAGGAGGAGAGGAAAGAAGAAGGGAAGGGAGAAGAGAGGAGAGAGAGGAGGAAAAAGGGGGCCAAGCACCAGGCAUGGAGGUGAUCUGUGGCAGCUUUAAACCUGGACAAAGGAUGGUUAACCAAAGGUAGAGUGCUUGUGCACUUGGCAGAAAGAGAGCGAGUGAGAGAGAAAGCGAGAGAGCUAGAGAUGUUGGCUCCACUAGAGGAAGGUACAGACAGCCAGCACUAAGCAGGGGAUGGUUCCACAGGAAGACCUUGGGGACAGCAAGAAUCAUUUUCUGCUCCAACGCCUAAUCUCAUUUGUUUAAGAGGAACAAAAGAGGCAGAGAAAGAGGCACAAAAAAGACAGAUUGUGGAACAAUGGACUUCUUGACAGGCAAGUCUUACUUAUAAACCAAAACCAGACUAGUAGAGCACAGCAGCCGAGGAGCCUAAAAAUCAUGAAGUCCAACCAGGAGCGCAGUAAUGAGUGCCUGCCUCCAAAGAAAAGAGAGAUCCUGGCUCUUGAAGAGCGACAGGUGCUGGUAGCAUCAACCAUGAGUGAGAGCCAGAGUGGGGAGAACCUGGCAUGGCUUGCUAGUGUAGCCAGCAUGGCCAGCAUGGCCACUGUUCCCAACCAUGUUCCAUCACAGAGUAAUACAGCCCAUGUUGACAGCCCUUCACCAUCAGCCAAGGCCCCAACUGCAGUGACAGAGUACCUACUAGAGUCCACGUGUGCUUCCACCAGCUCUUUGUCAUCUUAUAGAAGCUCCACACCUAAAGGAGGUAUCUCUGGGGCUACCACAAUAACAGCCAACCCUGCUAUGCUCUCCUCCACUUUUGCUCAAGCUGCAGGAACCAUCCAGCACACCCAGUUGGCGCCUAACUUACAAAUUAUUGGACCCUACACAGGCUACAUCUCCUCCCAGAUAGUUCCGCCUGCAGUGAGUCCAUCUCAAUCAUGUAGACCCACCCAAGAAGUCUAUGCUGCCACAAGUGUAAUCCCACAAGCUUCUAAUGAAAACUCUCAGAAGCAGCAGAUGAUUUCAACCUUACCUACCAUAGCCCAUACCACCAGCCAGUGCAUCCAGGUAGAGGGUGCACCUGUUGGCUUGACAGUCACCUCCCCAACUUCCCAAGUGCCCCUUCAAUUGCAUCCCCAUUCAGCUGUCCUUGCCCCUCAUGGCCUAGCCCUUGCUCCUUCCCAAGUGCUUGUCCAUUACACUGAUGGCCUUGUCACAAAACAUUCUGACUCCCAAUGCAGAGAGUUGCAGAAUGGUGCUCUGGGAGAGGUCACAGUGGUCAAACACAGCACCAGUGUGGUCAAGGGAAUCUCUAGCAAGCCAGAAAGAAAUGAGAGCCAAAGGCAGAAUCAGAAUCUGGGUCUCCACGCCCAAACUCAGGUCUUACUCCCUGCUGAGUACACCACGCAUGACAGUGCAGGAUUUCAGACAUCACUAAUGUUGGUGUCAAGCAACCACCUGGUGGCCAAUAAUAGUACUGAGCUUCAGAGCACCCUGGAUAAAGACCAAUCAUCUCUGGCUCAUGUUGAAAGAACGGGACUAUCUAUGGUAGAGCCAGUCUCCAGAGUUUCCUCUCUUACUCUCUCAUCUUCAGAUGGUCUGGCAGCAUCUCUAGCUUCAACUCUCUCCCCUCAAUCCCUCCUGCAGACAUCCCCUGGUGCCUCCGCCCAGGAACUUUCCACAAGCCUUUACUCAGCCACACAGCUGCCCAUUAUAGGCUACAUCACCAGCACAUCUGGGGGACCCCAGCAAGCAGUGGCCAGUUACCAUAGCAACCUCCCACAACAUCUAGUGAUCUCAGGCAGCCCCUCCCUCCUCAUUCCUGUGAGUGCUGGCAACAUUAACACGCCACCUGCUGAACCAGAAGUUACUCGCUGCUCCAUCCCCACCAUUCCCCCUGCCAAUGUACCAACUGUAGCUUCAGGCCUACCUCAGGCCUACAUCACUGCAGCCACACCCACAGUUGCAGCCUCUGUCCUCCCCAAUGGUAAAGAAAUCAAUGGACCUGAGGGUCAUCAUACAACAACUGCAAUACAGAGUUCCACCCAGGUGCAGCUGCCUGUCUUUUCAGCAGGUGUGGUGGCACCUCCUGCUCCUGUGCUCACCCCAACACCCACAAGCCCUCAGAAUGCGCCCCUUUCUCCAUCAACAGCCUUGCCUCCAUACUUUAUGAAAGGCUCUAUCAUACAGCUGGCAGAUGGAGAGCUUAAAAGGGUGGAGGACCUGAGGACAGAGGACUUCCUGCAAAGUGCAGAAGUUAGCGGAGAGCUGAAAAUCGACUCCAGCACAGUUGAGCGCAUAGACUCCAGCAGGACACCUGAUGCAGUCAUCAUACAGUUCUCAGUUGGUGAACACAAAGCACAGGUAUGUGUGGAAGUACUGGUGGAGUAUCCUUUCUUUGUGUUUGGUCAGGGAUGGUCAUCGUGCUGCCCAGAUCGCACGACUCAGUUACUGGCACUCUCCUGUGCCAAGCUUUCUGUGGGUGAUGUCUGCAUCUCCCUUACCCUGAAGAGCCUGAGGAAUGGUGCACUGAGUAAAGACCAAACCUUUGGCCCUUUGAAGAAUCACAAUAACAUUCAUUUGAAAACAGCCAAGGCCAAUGGACAGGCUGGAGAGAGGCCAAGUCUGAAGGAGGAUCAGAGGAAUGGAAACAUUUUCAGAUCAGUUGGGGAACAGAAGUUUGAAACCCCUGGGCUUGAGAGUCUUAACUCUGGGAAGGGUGUGAUCCUCUCAAAGAAUGGGGAGGGGAAAGCUCAUGCUGCAGUGAGUCGUAAGAGGAGGUGGUCUGCCCCAGAGAGGGGGCAGAUGGGGAGGUCACAUGAGGGUGACCUUCCUGAAACUUUACCCAAACUAUCCUUCCUCUCACAGGCGAUAAAGGUAAACAUAGAGGGAAGGUCCAGUAUGGGCUCCUGAGAUCUCUCCUGACUUCCUGAAGAAGCAAGGGUGACUGUGAUCCAGUGUUUAAAUAAUUCAAACUAUGAAAUGACCCCCUAUAUUCAGUUACUUGUGAUGUUGGCUGGUGACAACCAUUGUCUGAAAACUAUGUCUUGUCCACUGGACAAACAAAAUACUCUGAUCCCUUAGUGACCCUUGCAGAGAACUUUCUUCAGACAUAAACCCAUAAAUGCAGCUGGACAAGAAUGACAGGAUUUAUUUUUGGGAUGAUUAGUUACCUUCUCAUAAUACUUUUCUUUUUCUUUUUUUUAGAUGAAUGUUACAUAAGCUAAUUUUGUGUGACAGUAUUUACAGUAUGUGUUUUUUGUAAUAAAAACAUAUAGACAUAG